AUGGGCUUCUUAGAGGAGGAGGGCAGCUGGAACCUGUCCUUCUCCGGCGCCGGCUACCUCUGCGCCUACCAAGUGGGCGCCACCGAAUGCCUGCGCCAGCGCGCCCCGCGCCUCCUCCAGGGCGCCCGCCGCAUCUACGGUUCCUCGUCUGGGGCGCUCAACGCAGUCAGCAUCGUCUGCGGCGAGUCGGUCGGUGACUUGCCCUUUGCGGACUGCCCCUCCACCAUCACGGUGUCGCCCUUCCAUGGGACAGUGGACAUCUGCCCCCAGAGCACCUCCCCCAGCCUGCAUGAGCUGAACGCCUUCAACUUCAGCUUCCAAAUCUCCACCGAGAACUUCUUCCUGGGGUUCAUGUGUCUCAUACCCCCCAGCGUCGAGGUAGUGGCCGACAGCUGCAGACAAGGCUACCUGGAUGCCCUGAGGUUCCUGGAGAGACGUGGACUCACCAAGGAACCAGUGCUAUGGACACUGGUGUCUAAAGAACCCCCAGCCCCGGCUGAUGGAAACUGGGAUGGUGGCUGUGACCAAUGCCAGAAGGGGGGCCUGUCUCUCAACUGGAAAGUGCCCCAUGUGCAAGUCAAGGACGUACCCAACUUUGAGCAGCUCUCGCCAGAGCUGGAGGCUGCACUGAAGAAAGCAUGUACAAGGGAUCCCAGCCGGUGGGCCUGCUUCUGGCGCUCAGGGCCUGGACAGGUGCUGACGUACCUGCUGCUACCCUGCACGCUGCCCUUCGAGUACAUCUACUUCCGCAGCAGAAGGUUGGUGGCGUGGCUGCCCGAUGUGCCGGCGGACUUGUGGUGGAUGCAGGGCCUGCUGAGGAGCGUGGCCCUCGAGGUUUUCUCCAGGACCAAGGCCCAGCUCCUUGGGCCCGUCAGCCCUCCAGCCACUGGCGUCUUGGAAGCAAGCCCCCUCCAACCCCAGAUAGCUCCUCAUAGGGAGGAGCUCAGGCCCAUCCAUCAGGCCUGAGGGGGCCGAGCAGGGCCAGCCCCGUGACUGGUGUCCCUUGAUUCCUGCUCUGGCCUUUGUCCUGUGUGCCCACAUCUGCCCCAGAGGGAAGAGGCCCUGCCAAUCUCCAUGGAGACCCUGCAGCUUGGAGCUGGUUCCUUGGGGCACAGCCUGUCAGCAUGUCCCCAGUCACUGUGUACCCAGGUCACCUGCCCUCCCUCUUGCAUCAUCUCAUCAGGGAGAGAAAGGAGGACAGCCACAGAGACACACGUCUUACUUCCAGAAUUUCCAUGGGGGGACUAGGAGGGCAGCAUUGCUGGGGAGAGGGGCUCCUGUUCUGCCGUGGAGCUGCCCACGGAGCACCUCACAGAAGACGGAGAAAGUGCCUGAUGCCUGCGUCAGAGACCAUAGGAGCCAAUUGAGAUGAUGGGGUGGGGAUGCUCCCCCCAGACUCUUUCUCAGUCCUGCAGUGGCCCUUGGGGGUGACCCCCGGGAUCUACCCCACUCAGGAAACCUUGACUUCUGACUUCCUAUCAGGUCCAGAGGGUGGAAGGCCCUGGCAGGAAGCAGGAGGAGGAGGAGAGGGGGUCCGGGUCUUUUCAGGAUUCCAGCUGUGGGUGCUUCUAUUGGGCCCGGUGGCCCCUGCUGCCCCCACAGCCUCAUUCCUGCAGAAGGGUUGUGACGCACCUGUGCCUCUACCUGGGGCAGAGAGGAUGCCAGGGACACCAGGCCUCUGGCCUCUCCAUGAGUCACUGCUCUCCCCAUUGGCAGAGCAUGACCCAUGCUGUGCCCCUGGCCAGGCCCUAAGGAAAUGCUCAGCCUCAGUGGAGAUGGGGAGGUUGGAGAGAUGGAGGCGUGAGUGAGAAUGGGAAGCAAAGGAAUACAUGUGGGAACUAAAGAGAAAAUGACCAGCCUGGGCAGCAUAGCAAGACCCUGUCUGUAAAAAAAAAUAAUAAAAACUUAGCUGGGCAUGGUGGUGCAUGCCUGUGGUCCCGGCUACUUGGGAGGCUGAGGUUGGAGGAUCAUCUGAGCCCAGGAGGUCGAGGCUGCAGUGAACCAUGAUCACGCCACUGCACCCUAGCCCAGGCAACAAAGUGAGCCCCUGUCUCUAAAUAAAUAAAGAGACAAUGAGCCACUCAUUCACUCUUUCAUUCAUUUAUUCAGCUUAUGCUUAGUGAGUUAUAGGCCCUGGAGACACAACCUUGAAGAAACCUUACAUUCUGGUGGGCGUUCGGGAGCAGAUGCUGAACAGCAAAUGGGAAAAUGUAAAUAUGAGAUUUUUCCAGGAGUGGUGGGGCCGUGAAGAAAACAAAAUCGUGUGAGAGUGGGGCAGGGUGGGGGUGAGAGCAACAUUGGCCCAGGUGGCCCAGGAAAGCCUUCCUGAGGUGACAGCUGAGCUGAGACUGAGGAUGAGAGGCUGGGUUUUGCAGGUGGAGGCAAUGGCAGGUGCAAAGGCCGUGGGGUGAGACUGAAGGAGAGAAGGGCCCACAGUGAGUGGGGGCGGGGGGAGCAGGGCAGGCAGGGGCUGGGUCAGGAGGGCACUGUCAGGGCAUGGCGAGGAGUUUGGAUUUGGGGAGCAAAUGUGAGAGAAGGGAGCAAGUGGAGGAAAGGAGGCCCCAGUGCUGCAGUGGGAUUGGAAAAGGAGGAGGAAGGGGCAGACAGUGAGCAUGCAGGAGGCUGUCCCCUUCCCUCCAGGACCCCCAGGUCAGAGCAGGACUCUGCCCCUCUGGCUGUUUCCUGGGUGGGGGCAGGUAUGGACACUGUCCCUGCAGCAGGAAAAGGCUGUCCCACUUGGAGCCAGGUGGUCCGCGGCUCCCACAACAGUGUCUGCAGAGCUGGGAUGCUCUGUGCACUGUCCCCACCCUCAGGAACUGGGUUUGGCAUUUCCUCUCCCAGUGGAGAGGGGAGACCCGGCCACCUGGGUCACCAGGCGAAGGAUUUAGAGGCCUUUAGGAACAUUCUGGCUCCCUGCCCUUUGUCCCUCGUCACGGACACAGGCCUCCAUGCCCACAGGCACUCAGCCGCCCUUGAUCACCCCUCCCUCGUCAGUUCUUUACAUAGCGGGGGCUUUGACCUGUGCUUUGUCCCCAUUGCUUCGCUUUGUGACUUAGACCAGGGAAAGAUAGUUGGCCCCUCCUACCUCCCUCUCCAUCACUCUCCUUUGCCAAGCAGUGUGUGGGGAAAUGUUUCUGGCUCAGAUGGUUGAAUGUCUCAAUUGCUUACAACAUUCUGCUCUGAAAACGUCUCUUUGAUCUCUAUUAUCUGUGGCUCAUGCGUCAAAGUUAUCUGCUGGCAACUAGACAAUGGCAGAGUCCAUUCACAAGCAUCCCUGGCAGGACUUCAUUGUUUUUAAGCACUUUCCUCGUUUUUAUCUUAUUUAACUCUUGGAUUUUUGCUCACGUGGUGCUAAAAUCCAACUGCCUGCAUCUUCCCCAUGGGUCCCAGCUCCACACCCUGGACUCACAGACUCUGCUUGCUCUGCCUGCCUGGGGAGAGGGGACAAAGGGUGUUGAUCUUCUGAGGUCACUCUUCUCCAUGGUGAACAGCUCACACCUUACAACCACUCCUCAGGGACAUGGCCAACCCAGUGAUGCUGUUAAGGGAGCUCCAGCCCCAUAACCCGAGUUUGUUCACAACCUUCUGGGAGCAUGGAGUCCAGCAGUGCCCCAGAGGUGAUAUGACCAGUACGGUUUCUAAAUUGUCUUUUACCUCCCACCUCCUGACCACUGCCUCUAUUAAUGUAGCCUCAGAAUGAAUGAGCUUGACCUGGCUUACAGAUCCAUCAUCUACCAUUGGUGUGAUGCCCUGCCUGGAGCCUAGAGGUGGCCCAGCUGACAGCCUAGGAACUGACCCAGGUCAGAAUCCCCAACUUGUUACCAGGAUCCUCCUGACACAGCCCCACAUUAUGGAGCAGAAAAGGGAUCCUGGGCUAUGAAUUCAGGCUGACCUGGGAUUGAGUCCCAACUCUACAAGUCAGCAUUGAUGUGACCCUGGGAAGUUCCUCACCUCUCAAGGCCUCAGGCCACUCUUGGAUAGAAUGGAGAUGAUAACACACGCCUCAUGGAAUAUUUACUUGAUAAAAUUAAGUGCUCAUGGCCGCGCAUGGUGGCUCACACCUGUAAUCCCAGCACUUUAGGAGUCCAAGGCAGGCAGACCACUUGA